UUCAAAGAACGCAAGCCAUCUCUGAACGUUGCAAUACCCGCGAAGGCUGUUGUUGUAGAGAAAGUGGAAGUUGAGAGUGAGAAGAAGCAUUACAGGGGAGUUAGACGAAGGCCAUGGGGGAAGUUUGCGGCGGAGAUUCGUGACCCGAAUAGAAAGGGGACUCGGGUUUGGUUAGGAACAUUUGAUACUGCUGUGGAUGCGGCCAAGGCAUAUGACAGGGCAGCGUUUAAGCUUAGAGGCAGCAAAGCAAUAUUGAAUUUCCCACUUGAAGUUGCAAACUUUAAGCAACUC